ACUGACAGGUGGAGGGCAGAAGCGCAGCAGUGAAUCGUCCCUCGCACAGCUCCGUCCCGCAGAACCACAGCCCGAAAGAAAGGGAGCUGUAGAGAUGGGUCGCUACUCGGGGAGGAGCAGCAGGCUCAUCUUCAUGUCCCUUUUAAGCAUCGCGCUUUUUGCUGUCGAGAUCUCAGUAGCAUACAUUGGCAAUUCUCUUUCCUUAGCUUCAGAUGCCUUCGCGGUUCUCUCUCACUUCAUCUCCAUGAUCAUCGGUUUGCUCGGUGUGAGGUUCAGUCGCAUCAGAUGGCACAAGGCAAACACUUUCGGCUUCAGCCGGGCAGAUGUGCUGGGAGCCUUUGGCAACUCCGUUUUUGCCACUGCUCUCAUGUUCAGCAUCUUCGUUGAGGCAAUCAAGAGGUACAUCAACCCGCAGAAGACAGAGAAAGCACUGCUUGUCCUCAUUGUCGGGAUCGUAGGUCUGUUCUUCAAUGUGUUCAACUAUGUUCUCUUCAUGGACUGCUGUUUCUGUCAUGCACCUCAAGGAGACCCUGAAACAGGUGAAUCACCUAAUGACCAAAAAAGCCCUGAGGAGGGGUCUGGGAGAAAAGUAGAGAAAAAGUCCGAAGCUUUGAACAUCAGAGGUGUUCUUUUGCACGUUAUGGGAGAUGCACUUGGAUCUGUUGUUGUGGUAGUUGCUGCUACAAUCUUCCACGUGCUUCCUCUGGAGGCUAAUGCUCCCUGUAACUGGCAAUGCUACAUCGAUCCAAGCCUGACAAUAAUUAUGGUGUUCAUAAUCUUGUCUUCGGCGUUCCCACUCAUCAAAGAGACCUCAAUUAUUUUGUUGCAGAUGGUUCCCAAAGGUGUUAAUAUGCAACUACUGACUGACAGGCUAGCACGUAUCCCAGGGGUUAGCAGCCUUCAUGAGGUGCAUGUGUGGGAGCUUGCAGGUGGCAAGAACAUUGCUACUCUUCAUGUCAAGUGCCAAACCCCUACUGAUUACCAAGAUGCUGCCUAUAAAAUACGCAAGGUUUUCCACGAAGCAGGGAUCCACUCUGUGACCAUCCAACCCGAGUACAUUGACCACAAGACCUCCAAUCUCCUGUGCAGCUCACCUUGCAUCUCAAAAGCCUGUGACUCUCAGCUCUGCUGCAGUCAACAGGAGGCACCGCUGGCUAAAACUAAUGGCUAUACUGAAAAGAACGAUAGCUGCCUUUCUGCGCAGCAUAAAGACAAUGGUUCAAGUAAAAGUGAUGUUGAAAUCCGUAUUGACUCCCCGCUGACAGAGAAUGGUGUUAAAGACAUGAAAAAUGGUGAAGUGUCUGAUGACAAAUCACAGUUGAGCAGUACACGUUUUUAAGCAGUUCUGUCUACUCUGCAAAAAUGUUUUUGUAGAAUAAAGGUGUCCAGGCAGGAAAGUGUGCCAGGAGUGGCUGUAGCUGAAGGUGGUAUGGCAAAAAGAUUUCUGUGCUUUAGCUGUAAACCAAAAUACACCCAAAAAGCGUGUAUCUGAGAUGAGGCUUAAUAUUUCCAUAAAAGGUGUUGUGUUCAUCUAAGAUUUUUUUCUGAUACAGCCUAGCACAGUUCCUUAUCAAACUGUGUGUUUGUUCUUAUUGCUUGAGUGGGCGAGGUGUAUUGCUGUCUACCCUGAUGCUUGCAGUGUAUGGCCAGUACCACUGGGAAUGAAAACGAGCUGCUUUCUGAGAGCUCUGUAGCAAGUUAAUGAUUGUACUGGGCUGAAGUACUGUAUGUUUAUAAUGGACUUAAGUAGAGAUGUUUUACUGAUCCUCAGAACCAACUUUGCAUAGCCAGUAACUUGUGCUUCUGAAGCUUGUGAAUGAAACUAAGGGUGUCUGACUGAUGGAAGGGAGAGCACUCAGGAAUAGUUGGCUUGCAUUAUUUUCUUGACGCCUGUGUUUAGGGUUGGAGCAGGAGAUGGUCUUGAUUCUGUACUAGUAAUACUGGAACUUUAGCCUAAUCACAGAUACUCGAUGCUAAAGAACGUGCAUUGUGUCACGAAAGUAAGGAAUUACUAGCCUUGUCUGUAUUGAUUCUAGCAAAUGAAAAGGCAAGCAAUCAUCCAAUUAACUUUUGAUCUAGUUCACCGUUGUGAUUGCACAACUUGGUUCUUAACCCCUGCUCCUCCCUCCCAAACAACAGAAGUUAAAACAGACACGAUGUUAAUUCAUUAUUGUGGGGAACAAUUGUGGUAUAUUUAAUUCUAGCAUCUGUUAUUAUCCUUGCUGAAUAAAUAAGCUAGUAUGUCCAUUAUGAAUAGUCAAAACUGCAGUUCUAUUACUGAGAUCAAAUUUUUUAUAUUCCUUGAGAAAUUCCAUUUGAAGUUUUAUAAAACAGUGUUAUCACUUAGAGGGAACUUUUUUAAUAUUAAAAAAACAAACAACAAAACAGAACUGGGAGCUUUUCCUAUUUUAGUCCUAGUUAUUUGUUGACUAAUGGGAAAAAUCUAAGCCCUCCCCCUGCCCAGAGGUGCAUUUUGAAGAUGACGUGCCCAGUCAUCAAAUUUUGGCCAGGUCAGGUCUGCUCUCCAGCUUUAUGGGAGAAGGGGACCCGCUACCUAAUCCAUGCUGAGUGCAGUUCUUGGCCUCCUGAAGCUUUCAAAUACGUUUUUGCAGUUGAAAGCAGCUUUUCAAUGCUCCGUGUGGCCUGGACAGGCUAUUUAGGUAACUAUUCAUAGAGACACCUGUAUAAAAUAGUGGUGUCUUUAACUCAGGGACAACUUAGUAGAAAGGGCAAAUCAAUUUCCUGCUGGGCUGGGGAAGUACCGGGGCCUCCUUGCAAGGCUGACUUGGAAGCAGACAACUCCUUAAUAAGGAUGAUUACAUUAAAUCAAUGAAUAUUCAAACACACAGCAGGGUGUUUUGCUGCUUGGAAAAUUGUAUUUACUGGAGCAGUGUGACAACAGUUUAAAUAGCACGCUUAUAGGCUUGUAUUUACUCUUCUUGAGCAGUUCCUGGAUGAACUAAAGUAUUUAUAGCCUUUUAUGGUAGGUUUUAAUUAUAAAAAUUGAGCUGUGUCCUAAUACCAUUACAAACGUGAUCCUCCAUUCUGUUUGAUCCUGUUGGCAAGAUUUUGGCUUUGCAGUUCUUGCACAAAUUGAUGAAAAUCAGGAAGCAUUUCAAGAACUGCUCUGUCCUUUGAGAGUAUGUGGAGUGAAGUAAGACAGCCCUUACUUCAGGUUUCUUGUCCUUAUUUUCCUAUGUGAUGAGGGCUAAAUGGAGGGGCUUAGAUCUCAAUAACAAAUAUAUGGAUUUAUUUUCUGAGAACUGGAAUAGAAGGCUCCCGAAAUAUCAACAGAAUCUGUGCAGGGAUUUACAGCUCACAUACCCUCUAAAACAACAGACCCUUUCUUAAUUAUGCAUUUGUCUCUUAAAUCAGGUAAUCUUUUUAUAUAUGCAUUUUAUUAAAUGGUUUAAAGGGGGAGUGUCAGUAUUGUUUUACUCUGGAAAUAGAGAAAAUGAGUAUGUGUAAUGUUGGGCAUUGGAUGAAAUGAGCCAUCUUUUUCUUCAUCUUUCCAGUGUUUAUGGAAACAGUGGUUAUCUAUUUUUUAAGUUUUUGAAGUGUUGUAACGUGAAAAUACAAUGAAGUAACAUUCUUAAACAAUUUUUCUUGUCUGGUUGAAUGUACUGUGAAUAAAUAGGAAACUCUCAAGGACUGUAGAAAUCUUCAGGUCUAGAAAACAAGCAGAUUAAAAAACAAAGCAGUUUUAUUAGCAAGCAAAGCCAACAGAGCUGUGUCAGUGAUGAGGUGAACCUUACUUUUUCCAUGCAGAGGCUGUCAGGGUACCCAGCAAAGGGGUUUGAUCCAGUAUCCUUGCCUUCCUUUCAGCUCAGCAACAAAAUAUUUUUCUCCUGUUUUAAACGUGUGAUAGCUAGGCUCUGCUGGGUGGUCCCUUUCUAUUUUGAUGGAUGACAACAUUCCAAUCAGUGUGUAUUUUGUAUUGGCUAAUUUCCCUUAAUUUCAGGGUGUUCCAAUUCUCUUGAAGGAUGCUUACCUCAUUUUGAAGUACAAUACACUUCAGUAUUUGCACUUAUUUAUGGGCACUUGUUCUAAAUUCAGCUUCGUAGCGUAUUGCAUUGCCAUAAAUUCUCCUCUUUAACUUAAUUGCUUUAUUUCUCCCUCUAAUUCAGUGAUGGAAAAAUUCUGACUGCUGCGGAUUGAUUGCGCAACCCUUUUCUCUUCAAAUUCUCCUUUCUGAGUGCACCAUUACAGUACUCACUUUCUCUUGCAGUGGCUUUUUUUUUUCCUCCUCCCCACCUAUCCAUCACUGUUCUUAGCUAAGGAGUUAAUUUCCAAACAUGUAGUCAUGUUAUGUGGCCCUCCAAUCCAUAACUGGCCAUACAUGUGACCUAGCUGUAGGGCAACAGAACUUUUGCUAGCCUUGGCAAUGGUUCUGGAGAAAGAGUUAAAUCUGGAAUAAAUUCACAUGGCAUUGACUGCAAAGGCAAUUGGCUGGCCUUCAUCAGUCAUGAGCCGUGUUGGAAGAGAAUUCAAGUUUUUGUCCCCUUGUCAUACGUUGUACUUUCAUCAAACAUGCACAUUCAAUUACAACUCUCCCAAGUGCAAAUCUUGCCUUUGCUCUUCUGUGUCAAAAAAAUAACGUGGCCUUUUUUUUUUAGCAGUAUUGUCCUUUUUUUUUUUUUUAAAUCACAUUUUCAGUUACUUUUCUGUUCUUUGAGAUCUUUUUUUGGACUUGUAACUAAACCAUUUUUUUUCUCCUCUUAACGUUCAUAUUUAUUCUUUAUCUUUGCAAUAAAAGUAGAUCAAUUUUGCUAUCCUUCUGAUCAUGAACAUGUACCUAUAAUAUGAUUUAAAAUACCUCUCUUGUGUACUGGUUUAAUUUUUGCACUUCAUUUUAUGCAAGUUCACCCCCUUUGGUUUUGCUGUGUGGUGUACUUUAUCAUUGCAAACGGAUUGUUGACCUUGUUCAGUUCUUCUCAUGCUUUCCCUUUUUCCUGCUCUACUUUAGUGUUUUCCUUCCUUAAUGUUCUCUUUUAUUCUGAAUCCAAGGUCUAUGGAUGGACGGCUUGAUGUGAGCUGUUCCAAGGAGCAUUUCAUGUCCUUUUGGCUUUGUAGAAGUCUGUUGUCUAAGGAGUCAUCUGACUGAGAUUGUAUUUAAAUUCCCCUGCACUGCACUUGAAACAUCUUUUUAAAGAAAGUUGGUUUCUGAACCUGAGAAGGUAUAAUGAAAUGAGAGGUGUUCAUUAGUCUGUCAUUAACACCUUAGGGGAAAACUUGGAUCUCUCAUUAGAAAGCGAGUAGAGGAGACAAUUCUGAAAAGGUAAUCCAAGCACUAUGAAGAUUUCUAUAGGUUUUUCUUAUUCUGCUGUACAGUGGAGACACUUUGUGUUAAAUACUUUAUUUAAAUAGUGAUACCUUGGUUUGAGGUUGUCACUGUAUGAAGUUGUUACACUUAUGGAGUUAUGUUGCUUAAAACCUCUUCCAGUUUUUCUGUUCAUGAUGUGAUUUAAAUAACGUGCCAAAAUGUAAUUUCCAUGAUUGCCUAACCAGUGAGUUGUAAAUCCUGCUAUGGUUUUAUUAACUGUUAGUGAAAAACUGAAAGUUUGAUGUACAGUUAUAUUUUUUUUCCAAAAUGAAGUUUGAAUGUGUUGUAAAUAAAGUGCAUUUUUAAAUAAA